UCCUGGGUUUCCCUGGACGAGCAACGAAAUAAGUCUCUAUUUCUCAUCAGGGUUAAAUAUUUAUCCGCGGAGAGCUCCGAGGGGUGAACCGAGCAUUAUCUUCCCGGGUUUCGGUGGUAUUUUGUGGGAAGCGGAAGCGGAGGGACGACGUUUGAAGACGUGAUGCGGACGGUUUGGUAGAGACGGAGCGGGCCGGUCGGACGGCGCUCUGCCCGGCUGGGCCGCAGCUAGCCAGCGCUGCCUGCUAACUGGCUAACGACCUCACCUCCUCGGCGAAGCACGACACAUGUGGGAAUAAAUACAUCGGAUUUCUGACUGUUGACUGCGGGACGUGGACGCUCAGGAAGCAACAAGUCAUGGCUGUUUCGAGACUCGAUCGUCUGUUUAUCCUGCUGGACACGGGGACGACGCCGGUGACCCGGAAGGCAGCGGCCCAGCAGCUCGGAGAAGUGGUCAAACUUCACCCACAUGAACUCAACACCCUCCUGUCAAAGGUCUUGACCUACCUGAGGAGUCCCAGCUGGGACACUCGGAUCGCAGCGGGCCAAGCUGUGGAGGCCAUCGUGAAGAAUAUUCCCAAGUGGAACCCGUCUCCAAGGCCUAAAGACGAAUCUGGUGCAGGUUCGUCUCCGGAGGACUCGUCUUGUGACCGGUUGAGUUUUUACCACUUCGACGUCUCCCGCCUGCUUAAACACGGCGCGUCGCUGCUCGGAUCUGCUGGAGCCGAGUUCGAGCUGCAGGAUGAUCAAACCGGUGAGACGGACCCAAAGGAACGUCUGGCCCGUCAGAGGAAGCUCCUCCAGAAGAAGCUGGGCCUGGACAUGGGUGCUGCCAUUGGGAUGGACACAGAGGAGCUGUUCAACGACGAAGACUUGGAUUAUUCCUGUCAACCGAGCGGGCUUCGAGCUCAGGAGAUUAGACCUACAGCUGGCUGCAGCUCCAGAAACCAUGUGACGAUCCAAGCUGCCGAGCUGAUCGACUCCGAGUUUCGGUCGGGCAUGAGCAGCCGCCAGAAGAACAAGGCCAAGAGGAUGGCUAAACUCGUGGCCAAGCAGAAGUCCAGAGACGUGGAUCCUAACGAAAAGAGCAACGACAGUUUUGAAGGCGAGCCUGAGGAGAAACGAAGAAAAACGACCGUCGUCAUCGACCAGCCAGCCACCGAACAUAAAGUCUUGAUCGACACUGUUCCAGAUAACUCCAGUCUUCUGGAGGAGACCCACGAGUGGCCUCUGGAGAGCUUCUGUGAAGAGCUUUGCAACGAUCUCUUCAACCCUUCAUGGGAGAUUCGUCACGGUGCGGGCACAGGUCUUAGAGAGAUUCUCAAGUCUCAAGGUGCGGCAGGUGGGAAAGUGGUUGGAAGUACUGCAGAGCAGAUGCUGCGACAGCAUCAGGGCUGGAUCGAGGAUCUGGUCAUCCGUCUCCUCUGUGUGUUUGCCUUGGAUCGUUUUGGAGACUUUGUAUCCGAUGAGGUGGUGGCGCCCGUCAGGGAGACGUGUGCUCAGGCUCUCGGCGUGGCCCUUCGUCACAUGAAUGAAAACGGUGUCUCGAUGACGGUGGACGUCCUGCUGAAGCUGCUGAAAGAGGACCAGUGGGAGGUCCGGCAUGGAGGCCUGCUGGGGAUCAAGUAUGCCUUGGCCGUCCGUCAGGACCUGAUUUGUUUGUUGCUGCCCCGGGUUCUGCCUGCCAUCACGGACGGCCUGCAGGACCUGGACGAUGACGUCAGGGCCGUGGCGGCUGCAGCACUCAUCCCAGUGGUGGACGGUUUGGUGCAGCUUUUACCGCAGGAGGUGCCCUUCAUCGUCAACACAUUAUGGGAUGCUCUUCUGGACCUGGACGACCUCACGGCCUCCACCAACAGCAUAAUGACUCUGCUGUCCCUGCUGCUGACCUACCCACAGGUCCGACAGUGCAGUUUGCAGCAGUCGCUCACAGUCCUGGUUCCUCGCGUUUGGCCGUUCUUAAGACACACCAUCUCAUCGGUUAGAAAGGCAGCGCUGGAAACGUUGCACACUCUGCUGUCCAAGGCCGACCAGAGUUGUGCGGUUUGGAUCAACCCCAUAUUACAAGACAUGCUGCGACACAUUUUCCAGUCCUGCAUUCUGGAAAGCAACGAGGAAAUCCUGGAACUGAUUCAAAAGGUGUGGAUGGAGCUGCUGUCUCAGGCCCCCCAGCAGUUCGUGGUGGCCGCCAGCUGCCCGUGGGUGGCGGCCUGGCUCUGCCUCAUGAUGCAGGCCUCACACAUUCCUAUAGACCUGAAAAUGCUGCUGGAGGUCAAGGCCCGCUGCAACUCCAAGGAUAAGGGCGGGACGAAGGCGCGUCAGGGGACCAAUCAGGUGAAGGAGACGGUUCAGGAGUACAUAGCCGGUGCUGAGACGGUGACAGAAGAUCCUGUGACGAGGGACUACGUGGUGGUUCGUGCUCGACUCAUGGCUGCAAAGCUGCUGGGGGCUCUGUGCAGGUGCAUCUGUGACCCUCAGCUCAACGCUGCGUCUCAGGAGAUCAGACCGGCCGAGUCUUUAGGUCAGCUGCUGCUCUUCCACCUCAACUCCAAGUCCGCCCUGCAGCGGAUAGCGGUGGCGCUGGUGCUUUGUGAGUGGGCCGCGCUGCAGAAGGAUUGCCAGAUGGUGUCGUCCACGGUGCAGCCUCGGCUCCUGGCCAUCCUGACAGAGCAGCUGUACUACGAUGAGAUCGCCAUCCCCUUCACGCGCAUGCAGAACGAGUGCAAGCAGCUCAUGGCGUUACUGGCUGAUGCACACGUGGAGCUGCAGGACCGCCUCAACUGUAGCGUCUUCACCAUCGACCAAGCCAACGAACUGGUAACCACCGUGUUUACAGAGACGACGUCUGGUCUGAACGUCACGUCCAAACGGUGGCUAGCUUUGGAGAGUAAACGGCAGCAGGCUCAGGCUACGGUGACGGAGACGAACACGGAGUGGCAGCAGCUGCAUCAGCGCGUCCACCUGUUCGCAGCGUGUGCCGUCAUCAACCUGCAGAUGCUUCCAGACAAACUCAACCCCGUGGUCCGGCCCCUGAUGGAGGCCGUCAAACGGGAGGAGAACGCUCUGAUCCAGAGCUACGCCGCUUCGUUCAUCUCCAAGCUGCUGCAGCAGUGUGCCGGCCGCUCGCCGUGCCCCAACCCAAAGAUCAUCAAAAACCUCAGUGCCUCGUGCUGCGUGGACCCCGCAGUCACGCCCUCAUCGGGUUGUCCCGUGCCCCCGUUGCAGGAAAACCUCAAAGGUAGUGGCUUGGAAAAAGAUGGCGUGCAUCACAUUGUGAACAAAACCCAAGGGAUCAUCACCCUGUACCGGCACCAGAGGGCUGCGUUUGCCAUCACCAGUAAGAGGGGUCCGGCCCCAAAAAACCCCAAAACUCCCACAACAGAGCUUCCUCCGGGCAGCACCAUAAGCACCGACAACGAUGAGAGUAAAAAGCCAUUACUGAUCCAGAGGAGAGGGGCGGAGUUCACUCUGACGACCAUUGCCAGGCACUUCGGUACAAACCUCGCCAAGUGUCUGCCGUACCUCUGGGAGAGCACGGUGGGGCCUUUGAGAACCGCGGCCAUGGCAGAUCUGUCCAUUGAUCGAGCGGCUCAGCUGGAGCGAGGCGACGCUGCAGCUCAGGAACUGGUCAACUCUCUGCAAGUUCUGGAGGUCAUGGCUGGAGCCAUGGCUGCUGAGCUCAGGCCGUUGUUACUGGAACACCUGCCUCAUCUGUUCACCUGCCUGCAGCACCCGUACACCGCAGUGCGACACAUGGCGGCGCGCUGCGUAGGUGUGUUCAGUAAGAUCGCCACCCUGGAGACCAUGAACCGUUUCCUGGAGUGUGUUCUCCACUGGUUAGCUGCUAUUGAUGACCGCACCAAGCAGGAGGGCGCCAUCGAAGCUUUAGCUUGCGUCAUGGAGCAGCUCGAUGUAGACAUCGUGCCCUACAUCGUGCUGCUGGUGGUUCCGGUGUUGGGCCGCAUGAGCGACCCCGGGGACAGCAUCCGCUUCAUGGCCACGCAGUGUUUCGCCACACUGAUCCGCCUGCUGCCGCUGGAGGCAGGUAUCCCUGAUCCACCGGCCAUGUCUGCUGACCUGAUCGAGCAGAAAGCAAGAGAGCGUCACUUCUUGGAGCAGCUGUUGGAUGGGAGAAAGCUGGAGAACUACAAGAUCCCGGUGCCGAUUAAAGCCGAGCUCAGGAAGUACCAGCAGGACGGAGUGAACUGGUUGGCCUUCCUCAACAAAUACAAGCUGCACGGGAUACUGUGUGACGACAUGGGCCUUGGAAAGACGCUGCAGUCCAUCUGCAUCCUGGCAGGAGAUCACUACCUCAGGACACAGGAAUACGCCCAGACCAAGGCUGCAGACAGCAGCCCUCUCCCCUCCCUGGUGGUGUGUCCUCCCACGCUCACGGGCCACUGGGUGGACGAAGUGGAAAAGUUCUGUGCCAAGGAGUACCUGAACCCGCUGCAUUACAUGGGGCCUCCUAUAGAACGGAUGCGGUUGCAGCAUCAAGUGAAAAAACACAAUCUCAUCGUCGCCUCUUACGACGUCGUACGGAACGACAUCGACUUUUUUAGGAACAUCAAAUUUAAUUACUGCAUCCUCGACGAGGGUCACGUCAUCAAGAACGGCAAAACCAAACUCUCCAAAGCCAUCAAACAGAUCGCUGCAAACUUCAGGGUCAUCUUAUCAGGAACACCCAUUCAGAACAACGUCCUGGAGCUCUGGUCCUUGUUCGACUUCCUCAUGCCGGGUUUCCUGGGAACGGAACGGCAGUUUGCUGCUCGCUACGGGAAACCCAUCCUGGCCAGCCGGGACGCCAAGAGCUCCUCGCGAGAACAGGAAGCAGGAGUCCUGGCCAUGGAAGCCUUGCAUCGACAGGUGCUGCCUUUCCUUCUGAGGAGGAUGAAGGAGGACGUCCUCCAGGAUCUUCCUCCUAAAAUAAUUCAGGACUACUACUGCAACCUGAGCCCUCUGCAGGUCCAGCUUUACGAAGACUUUGCCAAGUCCAGAGCCAAGGCCAGCGUGGAGGACAGCAUCUCUUCGGUCUCGAGUGAGGAAGAGGAGAAGCCUAAACUGAAGGCCACGGGCCACGUCUUCCAGGCGCUGCAGUACCUGCGUAAGCUGUGCAACCACCCGAGCUUGGUUCUGACCCAGCAGCAUCCAGAGUACAAGCGGAUCACGGAGCAGCUGGCGGCUCAGAACUCGGGCCUGCGGGACAUUCAGCACGCGCCCAAACUCUCCGCCCUCAGACAGCUGCUGCUGGACUGUGGUCUGGGUGGUGGAGGAGGGUCCGAAGGCGCCACCGAGGCCGUGGUGGCCCAGCACCGCGUGCUGAUUUUCUGUCAGCUGAAGAGCAUGCUGGACAUCGUAGAGCACGACCUGCUGAAGCCCAAACUGCCGUCAGUAACCUACCUGAGGCUGGACGGCAGCGUGCCGGCCGGGCAGCGCCACGCCAUCGUCUCCAGGUUUAACAAUGAUCCGUCCAUCGACGUGCUGCUGCUCACCACACAUGUUGGUGGUCUGGGUUUGAACCUGACCGGCGCCGAUACCGUGGUGUUCGUGGAGCACGACUGGAACCCCAUGAGGGACCUGCAGGCCAUGGAUCGGGCUCAUCGGAUCGGACAGAAACGGGUCGUCAACGUCUACAGGCUGAUCACUCGAGGCACGCUGGAGGAGAAGAUCAUGGGGCUGCAGAAGUUCAAGAUGAGCAUCGCCAACACCGUCAUCAACCAGGAGAACACCAGCCUGCAGAGCAUGGGCACGGACCAGCUGCUCAACCUGUUCACCCUGGACACGGAUGAGAAGGGAAGCGCAGGUGAGCAGGCAUCGUCAACCUCAGGGAAGGCCUCCAUCAAGUCCGUUCUGGACGGCCUGGGGGAGCUGUGGGACCAGCAGCAGUACGACUCCGAGUACAACCUGGACAGCUUCAUGCACUCGUUGCAUUAGUCGCCCCGUCAGGAGGCUGAGCAGGACGUGACCUCAGCCUGAAACGUCUCGCAGCAAUAAGCACAGCCAGAAUAGGAACUCUGUAUGUUUUAGAUGUAUGACAGGAAUCUGCAGGAGUGCUGUUACAGCAUCACUUUCCUUCACUGUAUCAGACAUCCCAUAAUAUACUUUAGAAAUGAACCAUCUUCAACCAACUGCUGAGUGGAAAGCAACAAACAUCUCCAGUGUUCGUUUACAUCCUCUUGAUAUUUAUAGUUUGUUACAGCAGCAGGUGCUACUUUACCUCCUGCUGCCUUUUUGCACUUCACUUUACCAGAGUACUCAGUGUUAGGACUGCUUCCAGCACCGCUAACAGUUGGACCCCCCCGGCCCCGCCCUGCCACAGUCUUAAAGUACUGCUGUACCCAGCCGUGAACGUCAGAACCUCCAAACGACGAACGGGUGUCUGUUCCACAAAGGGAAUCUGUGAGCAGAAACCAGAGCUGAGCUCCAGCAGCGCGGCUCCUUCUCUCUGAGCUGCUCUGGGAGGAUCCAGAACCUGCAGCCAGCCGGAGG